AGCGGCUGGUUGGGAGUCGCGCUGUGACGUAGCGGCGGUGUCACUCCAUCCCAUCAAUGCUCUGUAGCUCGAAGGCUGAAAUGGAGCGAAGUGGCGUUAUGUAUAGGAAUGCCAGCCUUUAUGCCUUGAAUGCAUAUAGGGCGCCUUGCAGGCAGUUCCUCAGUGGCUCUUGCAGAUUUGGCCCCAGUUGCCACUUCUCACACGAGCUGCCAUCAAUGCCAAUCUGCAGAUACUUCCAGAAAGGAGUCUGCUGGUUUGGAGAGCGCUGCAGGUACCAGCAUGUCCCCCUCCCUGGCAGCCUGAUGUCAGAGAGCAGACGGACCUCUGCUCCGGUUGUCCAACACCCAACGUGGGGCUUUCCCAUGCUGCCAGGGCGCCGUGGUUCUGAGCCCUCCCUGUCACCCGUCCCGGGCUCCCAGACGUGGGGCCGGCGGCGCUCGGACCCCCUAGUGUCUGGCCUGGUUUUGCAGCAGCCCAGCUUUGAGCACCUGCCGACAGACAUCGUUGAAGAGGAAGAGCAUGGGGCUGGGGAGCCUGUUCCCAGGCCUCUGCAGGUGUCAGGGUCAGACUCUGCACACUCCAACUGCAAUGCGCCCUUUACAGUCUCCCAGUUUGGCUCUGGUCCUGUAUGCAGUGGUUCCCUGCCCACCAGCCCCCUUGUAAUUGAAGCGGACCUGGUUCCCAGCGCUGCAGAGGAGACCAGCCAGGGGCCCAGUGCUGGGACAGAAACCAUGGUUUGUCUAAUGCAGAAGACUUCCAACCAGCAAGAGAUGGCGGAUGGUGCAGCGGCAACCUUGACUGGGCCUCUGCCUGAGUAUGAGCAGAGCAAGGACAUGGCCUGUGGCAUCUGCAUGGACAAGGUGUACGAGAAGGCUUGCCCCCAAGACAGACGCUUUGGCAUCUUGCCCAACUGCAGCCACGCCUUCUGCCUGGGGUGCAUUGUCACCUGGAGGAAGACGAGGGAUUUCCAGGAAGAAGUCAUCAAAGCCUGUCCGCAGUGCCGGGUGAAAUCCCCGUAUUACAUACCCAGCAAGUACUGGGUGAGUGAUGGAGAGCCCAAGCAGACGCUGAUCGCUGCCUUUAAAGAGAAGAGCAGUAAAAUCAGGUGUACCUUCUUCAUGCGACAUGGAUGCUGCCCCUUUAAAUCUGAGUGCAUCUACCGCCACGAUUUGCCCAGUGGCUACCAGCCUCGCAGAUGCCGAUCUCCUACGGCCUACAGCAGGACUUUGGAGGAGCUUGACGGUGAGAGCCUGCAGCUUCUACACUGCUUCAUCGCUCUCACCCUGUUGGACAGCGACGACUUUCUGGAUGAGGACGAUGAAAGCUACUUGGAUGAUGACUACGAACCCCUCUGAGCUGUGUUUCCACCACCUGCUGUCCAAGGACCAAGGUCUCCUGUUAAGGGACAAAUCAAUCCUGGCAUCUUGGGUGGUUUUGGAGGGGGGGGGGUACUUGAUCUGACCCAAGAAGUUAGCUGUACCUUGGGUCUGUGCACAUCAUCCUCACUGACUUUUGUUCUCCAGUCUCCUUACUUGUCCACUUUUUGAAUUUGUAAUGACAGCCUGUGGACAUCUUGUUGAAAUGGCUCAUCUGAAGUAAAUUUCAGGAGAGGGAUUGUUUUUCUAAUUCAAUGGCAAUAUUGCAAAAAAUGACAAUGGUCUCAAUAUAACAUGUUUAAAGGUGCUUUUUAAGAUGGUUUGUAUAGUGCAAUUAAGUUAAUCGAUCUUGCUAGAUUCAGAGAAGAGGGAAAUCUGGGAGUAUUGUAUUGCUUGUUAUAAAUACUCCAUUUCCAAUAAUGGAAUGAUUAAGUGUAUACCACCUUAAUGUAUGAAACAGGAUUUUAGAUUGCAUUGUUAAUUUUUAUACAUGAAAUGGAAUGUUCAGUGUCCCGACCCGUGCUACUUUUUUAAAGCUUCCUGAUAAUGCGGGGGCAAUACCUUACUAUUAGUGAAAGCCCAGGUGCUUGGUGUCCCACUGUACCAAUGGAGUUCACUUUCAGGGGUUUUUUAUUAGAUGUUCACAUUGGGGGAAAAAAAGAAUAAAACAUUUGUUUCACAAA